AUGGGGGGUGGGAGAAAGUACAAUAAAAUAACGCUGUGUUUGAUUAUUUUUUGGUUCGCUUAAAAUCCCUGACCGGAAGCUGGACGUCAGCACUCCGUGUAACUUGACCACUGUAGAGAAAACGGAGCAGAAGAGCGAAACAUGGCGACUUCGAACAAUCCGCGGAAAUUUAGCGAGAAAAUCGCUUUACAUAAUCAGAAGCAGGCAGAGGAGACAGCAGCAUUUGAAGAAGUGAUGAAGGACCUGAGCAUAACGCGGGCAGCCAGGCUCCAGCUGCAGGACACAAAGUAUUUGCAGAUGGGAUCGAGCCGUGGGCAGUACUACGGAGGGUCUUUGCCAAAUGUGAAUCAGGUUGGAAGCUGCACUGCUGAUGUGUCUUUUCAGAAUUCAGGUCUUGACACUAAUAGAUCUACGCGACACCACGGAUUGGUGGACAGAGUCUACCGAGACCGGAACCGCAUUACAUCGCCCAAUCGGAAACCGCUCUCUAUAGACAAACAUGGACGCCAGAUUGACAGCUGUCCGUACGGCUCAGUGUACCUGUCGCCGCCUCCUGACACCAGCUGGAGAAGGACAAAUUCAGACUCAGCCCUGCAUCAGAGCACUCUGACUCCUGCACAACACGCCUCCUUCACUGGAGGCUCUCAGGAACUUCAGCCAAAACGAGUUCUCCUCCUCACCGUUCCAGGGUCUGGAGUCCUUAAGCAAGAGGUUGAUGAAGACGGACAGAAGCAGAGCUGGGACUGUAAAAAGAAUGUGUCGCAGAAUGAACCCUGUCAAGUUCCUGGCAUCCACAUAUUCCCGACCCCAGAGCAGCAGAUGGCUACGUCUCUGAAACCAGGGGCCCACAACAGUGGCGGCUCUCUUCCUGACCUGACCAACAUCCAGUUUCCUCCCCCUCUGCCCACCCCGCUGGACUCAGACGACACAGCAACCGUCUCGUUCGGCUCUGCCGGCAGCACUCAGACUCCAGGAGAGGACACUUCUCAGCCAACAGUAACCAUGGAAAUGGAGCCUGGCCAGGAGAACAUGGUUCCUCUCAUCCUGAAUGCAGGAGACUCACACCAGCAGCAGAACCUGCAGCUCUCACAAACGUCUCCAGAACUCCCUCUAUCCCAGACGGCCAUCAGUGCUAUGAAUCUUGAACAACAGUUGUCUCAGUAUUCUUUCAUCAAUCAGCAGUCAAUACCCCAGACACACCAGAACCAGCAACAGACAAGUCUAGUCCAGCUGCCAUCUUCUGUGAACUCCUGCCCUACGUCAGACAACCAGACAUCUGCACAAACUAACAUGACCAUCGACAUGAAUGCGGCUGCCUCCCUGCAGUACCGCCACAGGGUCGGGUCCUCAGCCAAUCAGUCUCCAACCUCUCCCGUCUCCAAUCAAGGCUUCUCACCCGGAGGCUCACCUCAACACAACUCCAUCCUGGGCAGUGUGUUUGCUGACUUCUACGACCAGCAACUGCCGUCCAUUCAGGCCAGCACUCUCUCACAACAGUUGGAGCAGUUCAACAUGAUGGAGACUCCCAUCAGCUCUGACAGCCUGUACAGCCAGACCUCCACCCUCAACUACUCCCAGGCUCUUAUGAUGGGUUUGACCAGCCACUGCAACCUUCAGGACUCCCAGCAGCUGGGCUACAGUAGCCAUGGCAACAUCCCCAACAUCAUUCUGACAGUGAGUGGAGAGUCUCCUCCGAGCCUCCCCAAGGACCUGACCAGCUCACUGUCCACAGACAUCGGCUUCGACGUGGACUCCCAGUUCCCACUUGAUGAUUUAAAAAUUGACCCUCUGACUCUGGAUGGCCUGCACAUGCUGAAUGACCCAGACAUGAUCCUCGCCGACCCCGCCACAGAGGACGCAUUUCGCCUUGACCGCCUCUAGUUCUUGUUCUUUGUCACUCACCGUACCUGAACCGGGCCGUCCAGCGUUUCUGCCUGAGCAGAACAAGCAAUUCCACUCAAUCGAACCCCUGACUGUGAGUUUUUCAAAAACCAGGCAAAACGAAAAAAAUCCUAUUUGGGAAAUUGCAUGGAGACAUUCCUGAAGACUGCUUCUAGCUUCUGGCAUAAAGUACGGGAUGAAUCUAUUAGAUGGCUCAGUCUCUACAUUCACCAUUCGGAUCGCUUUUCAACACCAGGCUAACUGUUUGAGCAAUCCGGCAGCAGACAGCCUGGUGACUAGCUACAGUUAAAACAAUCAGCAUAUUCCAGUCCAGCUGCCUGAGUAUUUUAUAUUUUGAUGAUUUAGAGAAAAUCCAGAAAAGGUAGACUCCUCUCAGACUCCUCUAGCUUGGGUUUUGUGAUUUCAUCUUGAUGGUUUGUGAUAUAUGCCCCAAGAGGCGCUGAGUCAUCACUUUAUUUUUAGGCUAUUUCUGAGAAUAGAUUUUAUCAAAGGGAAUAGGAGUCAUCGUUUAUGCAUGAAAUCAUAAAUCACUGUGGAUACUUGUUUUGCCUUAAAAGCUUGAUGUUUUGGUUUUCAUUGCAAAAAGAACAAAAAAAAGCUAAGAAGUCAUUUUUACAGAGUUGCAAAGUUGCUUGGCCUGCAUAAUUUACAGUUGUGUUGUCACUACUAACUCAUAAGUCAGAACCUAACUGCGGAUCCACUCGGUCUUGGUGAAGAAAACGAUGUUUACAGGCUUACAGGCUUAUACCCUUACUUGUACAGAAUGUGGUUGGAUUUUUGCGUAAUGAUAUCUAUGCAGAACUACGGUGACUGGGAGGACUGGAAUGUGGGAACUAGUUGAAGGCAGAGUCGGGGGUUCCUCUGGAACGCACGUGGAUGUCUUUCAACAAACAUUUUUCUUUCAUUUUAAGGUCAAAUAUGGAAUAAAAUAGAGUAAGCAUGGCAGUUGCUGGAGAUUCCUGGAUUUCUCCCAAAGACGGGACCUCAGUGGGUGAAACCUUUUUUUCCAGUCAGCCGAACUGCCAAACAGCACUGUUGAUGCAAUGAGAAUGUACUUAGUUUACAUCUGUGUGGUUGUGAUGCUGUCAUUUUGUUAUCCUCAUUCCCUUCUUUUCUAUUUUUUUGCUACCUGUAGAGCCAAACACCUUCCGCCUGUUACUUUAAGCACACGUUUGAGUUUGGUUGUUUUCCUGCCAUGUUUGUCGUUUUUGUCUUUAAUUCACCUUUCUGCUGUUAAGGUUUGUCUUGAUGUUGUCUUUUAGGUGGGUGGUUUCUCUUCACUUUGUUCACAGAUAUGUUCCAUAUCUCAUUUUUUGCACUUUAUGCUUUCAUUCGAAAACACAGAUUCAAGAGUUUCUAUAUAGAGCACCCCAUCCUGUGACUGUUAAGUGAACUGGACCUGUUUGAUCUGUCUUUGUUCAAACUUGCCUUCUUGUACAGACAAAGAAGAAAAAAGAGGAAAAACCCAAAAAGCUAAAUUAAAAUUAUUUUUGAAAAACAGAAUUAUCAGGAUAGUUUAUACAAAUGUGUUUUUUCUGAACUAGGUUGUAUUUUAGGAUUCCUGUGUUUAAGCAUUUGGUCACUGCAGCAGAUUAUUUUGCUACUGUCAGAGGGUCUGGGAUAUAGAAAAUAAUAAUCACACAGAAGAUAUGGAAAUAAAUAUGUAUCGUAAAUACAACUAGGGAUGCACAAUAUUUUAUUAUGUCGUCUCUAGGUCUGGCUUAAGCAAGAGAUGCACCAAUCAGUGUGUUCUGACUGGAUACCAAUCUCUGUUUUUGUGAAGCUUUGAGCUGCCUAAAGGAUUUGAACCGUUUCUCAUUUGUAUUCAGGAUCUAUGGAGUACAGUAUAAUGCCAUUAUAGCUCCAAUAUCUGGACUGGUCAAUUUCAGAGUUGGGUAAUGAAGUUGGAGUAACAUUACUUAAACUUAUUUUCAAUCUGCAAAAGUGAAAACUAGCAACGUAAGUAAGAGUAAUGCGGUAUUUGGUAGAAAGGCCACUGAAGUACUGACAGUAACUGAUCAUCAUCUGACUUAAUGUAUAAAAAUGAUGUCAUCAGAAAAUAUUAAGGAAUGUGCAAAACCAGGUUUUUUAACAACUAGAGAGAAAAAAUAUCCAAAUAAAUAUCAUCACAAAAUAACCAAUUCAAGCAGUAAAAUCAAUUAAAAAUAAAUGUUCUACAUAUAAGACUUAUGAAACUUAUGAAAUAUAUCCAGAAAUGUUACUCAGGCAAAAGUAGCGGUAUUUUAUGAUAGUAUUAUUCAAGUAAGAGUAAAGAUUAAACUCCUAAAAUUACUUUUAUUUUUCCUCCUGGAUGUUAUUUGAGAAAAUGGAACUAGCUAGCUUAAAACAGCUCUCUAGUUGAUAUUCAGGGUUCUACUGUCAAGAUUUUGCUAUGCUAACAUAAUGUAACAAAACUCAAAAUGUUAAUCUUUCAUUUCCUCCUUCUUGUGGUUGGUCUCUUCACGUUUUCAGCUCUCUGUGUAAUGAUAACUCACACAUUUGAUAAGGGAGCAUGUAUUAAAUUAACCUGCACAACGUCCAGAUUCCACAAAAAAAUUUGAAAUAUUUUUAAUCUUCACUUUAGAAUCAGGGUUAAGAAGUUUAUACAAGCUAAAUAUUUUCUAUGGUUUUAAGCUUUAAAAUGUAAUUUUCCAACACUUCUUUGUGCAUCUCUGGUUUAAAUCUACAUCUUGACAAUAGCUGAGGCUGCUUUUGACCAUUUCAGAAUAAUUUGGUAUAUUAAAAUAGGAAGUCUAUAGGUUUGGUUUAAAAUGUUGAAGUGCUAAGCUGAAAAUGAAGCUCAAUGUAGGUAUCCAGGAUCUGAGCCAGAAAAUCAGUCCAGGUGAAAUUUGUAUGAAAAUAAAAACAGGCUCUUUUCUUGGUCACUAUGUUGGAUCACCUUUAGCCAAUGAAAAAAAAAGUGCAGCUGCAAUGAUUCCUACUUAAAUAUGUUUUAAAGACUAUUUUACUUCUCCUGUCACAGUCUGAAACAGAAACGUUGGUCUUUUAUUUUCCUAUUAAAUGCAUGAAACUUCAGACAUGAUUUCUCUUUUUGUUGGUGAUUGUUUCCUCUGAAUGUUGGAAAAUAUUUAAUUCAAAUAUUUAAAGGUUUUUUUGUUUUUGUGUGUCUGUUUGCUAAAGAUAUGUUGUCAUGUUAUACUUGUGUCAUGUGUGUGUAAGUGACGCCUAAAAAUGUACAGUGAUGAGCCUUUUAUGCACAUGUGGAAGCUAUUGUUUUGGCACUGUGUUUAAUCUGCAAUAUAUAGUAUGUGCUUAUUUUCUGUGCAACACCUGCAGAAUUUUAUUAUGUCAAAGUACCUGUAGGAUAGUUGUGUAUAUUGCUGUACUGUAGGAACAAUGUUUUUGUGCUUACUGUGAGAUGGUGUCAGAAUGGGAAAAUGCACUGAGAAAUACUGCUGGAUCUCUCUGCUGGAUCUCCAGACUCUAAAGUGAGCCUGAUGUUUUGCUGGCUCGGUUUUUUUUUCUUUCACGUUUUCCGUUAAAUUCCUUUAGCUAAUGUGUUGUUUGUGUUUGUCACUUCUCUGUACAUCGGUGUUCAGGUAUCCAUUGGUGAAGCACCAGUGUUUACAGAGACAAUGGUUUACAACAGGGCAAAGUUUGUUUGCCAAAGCCUUCAUCAUAGUUUCCGCCCUGUAUCUGGACUAAUGAGCAACUGCACUAUAGAUUAGGAAAAUGGUUCAGUUCCUUCGCUUCAAUGCUGGGAGGAUAAUCUUUGUAUUGGUGAAAAAAUAUAGAUUUACUUCCGUGAGGUUAGUGAUUAGAAGUUUCCCUUAUGUUUCAUCCUCAUGCGUUUCAUGACCACAAAGUACUGUUGUUUAGUUGAAAUUUCCCAUUCCUCUGUUCUUGCUAUAAGCAAGUGCCAUAACAAAGAUUUCUAGCACGUUUGCAUCUGGGUAAAUUUGAAUAUCAUUGAAACACUUAUUUGUUUCAAUAAUUCAAUUCAAAAAGCAAAACCUGUUCAUGCUGCAGCUUUGACUUUGCACAGGGAGAUAUUUCAAGCAUUUAUUUCUAUUCCUUUUAUUCAUUUCAAGGAGCAGUAUUAUGUCAAAUUGACUUUUAUGAGCUUUACUUCAUGUUAUAAUGUUAUUUUAUAAUCAAAAACAUACCUGGAGUGUCGCCUUCAUUCUUUCAUGUAUAUUUGAGAAAUUUUUUCAUCUCCACAGUAACCAUUCAGCUGUGCAAAACACCUAGGUGGACUUAGCCCCGCCUUUGAGGCACAGCUCCUCCUCUGAGCUGCAGUUUCUAAGCUUUCGCCUCACAGAGAAGCCGCCCCUGCGGCUCCCCUACUCAGCUCCUUCAGACUAGCCAGCAGCAGUUAGCAAACACCUGGUGGAACUGUGCAUCUGCAUUAUUAUGAGCU